UCCUCGUGAUGAUGACAGCGGAUGACAGCCAGAGUUCCAGUCGGUUGGCCUGAUAACUCCUCCGGGACCGAGUAAACAGCGCUCUGUGGAUACAUCGCGGGGUCCUACCACACCUUAACGAACCAGCUCCUAGCCUCUGUGCCCACCUGAGCCUGGGAAGAUGGUGAAGCCAGACAUCCACACGCUGGCCCACCACCUUAAGCAGGAGCGGCUGUACGUGGCCUCUGAGAAGCAGCUGAUCCAGCGGCUGAAUGGGGACGUGCUGAAAACGGCAGAGCGGCUGUACCGCGCUGCAUGGAUCGCCAAGCAGCAGAGGAUCAACCUGGACCGCCUCAUCCUCACCAGCGCCGAGGCCUCACCCUCCGAAUGCUGUCAGCACGCCAAGGUGCUGGAGGACACGCAGUUUGUGGACGGCUACAAGACGCUGGGCUUCCAGGAGAGCAUCUACGGAGAGUUCCUGGCCAGGCUGAGGGAGAACCCCCGGCUGGUGGCGUCCUGCCUGGUGGCCGGACUCGGAGAGAGGCAGAACCAGGAUCACAGCCAGGGGGUCGUCCACACCGUCUUCACCUCCCUCUAUGGCAACUGCAUCAUGCAGGAGGACGAGAGCUACCUGCUGCAGGUGCUGCGCUACCUGGUGGAGUUCGAGCUGAAGGAGAGCGACAACCCGCGGCGGCUGCUGCGGCGCGGCAACUGUGCCUUCAGCGUGCUCUUCAAGCUCUUCUCCGAGGGCCUGUUCUCCGCCAAGCUCUUCCUCACCGCCACGCUCCACGAGCCCAUCAUGCAGCUGCUGGUGGAGGACGAGGACCACCUGGAGACGGACCCGGCCAAGGUGACGGAGCGCCUCACGCCCGCCCAGCAGGAGCGCUUCGGGGAGAAGGGCUCAGAGGGCUACCGGCAGCGGGUGCAGGCGGCGGUGGACGCCAACGAGGCCAAGCUGGUGGCGCUGGUCAACAAGUUCAUCGGCUAUCUGAAGCAGAACACCUACUGCUUCCCGCACAGCCUGCGCUGGAUCGUGUCGCAGAUGUACAAGACGCUGUCGUGCGUGGAGCGGCUGGAGGUGGGCGAGGUGCGCACCAUGUGCACGGACCUGCUGCUCACCUGCUUCAUCUGCCCGGCCAUUGUCAACCCCGAGCAGUACGGCAUCAUCUCGGACGCGCCCAUCAACGAAGUGGCCCGCUUCAACCUCAUGCAGGUAGGACAACUUUUGCAACAACUGGCGAUGGCCGACGAUGAUGGAGACCCCAGGAGAAAGAGCAGCUUGUCCAAAUUUGACAAGAGUUGCGUAGCUGCCUUCCUGGAUGUGGUGAUUGGUGGGAGAGCAGCGGAGACCCCGCCCAUGUCCUCGAUGAACCUAUUGGAGGGCCUGAGCAGGACGGUGUUCUACAUGACUCACGGUCAGCUGCUGACCAUGGUGGACUUUGUGCGCAGCGUGACGGCGGGCGACCAGCUGAGGGAGGAGGAUCACGCCCUCCUGGAGACGCUGGUGGCCACCGUGCCCCUGUCCCGCACCGUGAAGAGCAACAGCCUGGAGAUCACACCCUCCAACACGCCCCAGCUGUCCCCGGCCACCACCCCCGCCAACAAGAAGAACCGCCUCCCCAUAGCCACGGCCCGGAGCCGCAGUCGUACCAACAUCGCCCAGGAGGGGGAGACAGAGGCCAGCUCCCAGGAGUCGGUACAGGAAGUGAUGCCAGAGGAGGUGUUGGUGAUCUCACUGAGCACGGGGCCCCAGACGGUCCCCGGGAUGAUGUCAGAGAAUGAGGUGCUGAACCUGCAGAUGACAGACGGGCCCCAGGGCGACGCCCAGGCCGACGACACCAAGCAGCACGGCAAGCCGGAUAAGACGCUGCGCUUCUCCCUCUGCAGCGACAACCUGGAGGGCACCUCCGAAGGUCCGUCCAACCGCUCCAACUCAGUGUCGUCCCUGGACCUGGAGGGGGAGUCGGUGUCAGAGCUGGGCGCCGGGCCGUCGGGCAGCAACGGGGUGGAGGCCCUGCAGCUGCUGGAGCAUGAACAGGCAACGACUCAGGACAACCUGGACGAUAAGCUGCGCAAGUUUGAGAUCCGAGACAUGAUGGGUCUGACGGACGACCGAGACAUCUCAGAGACAGUCAGCGAGACCUGGAGCACGGACGUGCUGGGUAGCGACUUCGACCCCAACAUGGAUGAGGACCGCCUGCAGGAGAUCGCAGGGGCGGCUGUGGAGAACAUGCUGGGCAGCCUGCUGUGCCUGCCAGGGUCCGGUUCGGUGCUGCUGGACCCCUACGGCUCCACCAUCUCUGAGACCACCAGCGAGCCCUGGAGCGUGGAGGUCCUACCAAGCGACUCAGAAGCAGCUGACCUGAAGCAGGAGGAGCGGCUGCAGGAGCUGGAGAGCUGCUCGGGGGUGGGCAGCACGUCCGAUGACACGGAGGUCAGAGAGGUCAGCUCCAGGCCCAGCACCCCAGGCCUCAGCGUGGUCUCAGGCAUCAGCGCCACCUCAGAAGACAUUCCCAACAAGAUCGAGGACCUGCGGUCCGAGUGCAGUUCGGACUUCGGAGGGAAGGACUCUGUGACCAGUCCGGAUGGGGAGGAGGCGGGCCAUGGGGCACACCAACUGACCUCUCCACCCUCGCAGACAGACUCUCUGCUGGCCAUGUUCGACCCUCUGUCCUGUGACGGCUCCUCCACUGGCACCAUCGUGAGGCCCAAGGUGCACUACGCCCGGCCCGCCCACCCUCCCCCGGACCCCCCCAUCCCCGAGGCCUACGCACUGGGCCAGGAGCCCCGCCACAGCAUGUUCACGCCCCACGGCCUGGUCCAGGCGGAGCUGGAGCAAUGCAAGCAGCGCCACUCAAUGCCCGACCGGCUGGUGCGCAGCCGCAGCUCCGACAUUGUGGGUCCCGGCCGCCGGCCCACCAGCGACCCGGGGCUGAACCGACGGACCAUGGUGGAGGAGAGGGACCAGGGCUACUCCCUGGGGCCACCUCCUCGCCCAGCAAGACUCCCUGAAAGGAGAGGUAACGGGACAGGCGAUGUUGAGGACAGGAAAGACAGCAGACGAUGAGAAUCGGACCGCAACCGGCCGUGGUGGAAGAAGCGCUUUGUCUCAGCCAUUCCAAAAGGAUCACUGCCCUUCCGGAAAAAGGAAAAGCAUGAGAAAGACGACCUGGCUCAUGAGCGCUCACAACAAGACGAGCCCCUUCACAGGCCGAGCACCCAGGCCCAGGCAGCGGAGGACAUCCUGGACAAGUACCGCAACAUCAAGAGGACCAGCCCCAGCGAAGACCUGUGUGUGGAGGAGAGCGUGCACGGCUCCCCGAGGGAUGACGGGCUGCAGAACAUGGCUUCAGACGACCUGCUGGACUCUGCCAGCCAGACAGCGCAUCAGCAGGAUGCCAAGUUCUCCUUCAGUGACGCCAAGAAGAAGCUCCGGAUGGUCCUGUGUUCUGCGGACUCUGUGGCCCUGCCCAUCAUGGCUCCCACCACCACCAGGAACGGACUCCCGGACCACAAUGACCCUGAAGACAAUGAGAUCGUCUGCUUCCUGAAGGUCCAACUGGCGGAGGCCAUCAACCUGCAGGAUAAGAACCAGAUGGCCCAGAUCCAGGAGACGACGCGCUGCGUCAGCCGCUUCGACGCUCGCUCCUGCAGGAAGCUGCUGGCUGCCAUCGCUGAGGAUUACAGGAAACGCACGCCGUACAUCGCCUACCUGACCAGGUGUCGCCAGGGGCUGCAGACCUCCCAGGCCCACCUGGAGAGGCUCCUCCAGAGGGUACUGAGAGACAAGGAGGUGGCCAACCGCUACUUCACCACGGUGUGCGUGAGGCUGCUGCUGGAGCACAUGGAGUCCAGGAUGUUGGACUUCAUCAAAGCCUUCCAGGGGUGCACGGCGUCCGACGAUAAGACGGCCGCGGUGGAGGACUUCCUGCGCUACCUGUACGGCGCCAUGGCGCGGGACACCAUCUGGCAGUACGCCAGCGAGGACCAGCUGCAGGACGCUCAGAUGGCCAUUGAGCGCAGCGUCAUGAACCGCAUCUUCAAGCUGGCCUUUUACCCCAACCAGGACGGGGACAUCCUCAGAGACCAGCUUUUCUAUGAACAUAUCCAGCGGCUCACCCGAGUUGUGACGGCCAAUCACAAAGCUCUUCAGAUCCCCGAGGUGUACCUGCGAGAGGCGCCCUGGCCCUCUGCACAGGCUGAGAUCAGGACCAUCAACGCCUACAAGACCCCGCGGGACAAGGUGCAGUCCAUCCUGCGCAUGUGCUCCACCAUCAUGAACCUGCUGAGCCUGGCCAACGAGGACUCGGUCCCCGGGGCCGACGACUUUGUCCCCGUGCUCGUCUUCGUCCUCAUAAGGGCAAACCCGCCCUGCCUGCUGUCCACCAUCCAGUACAUCAAUAACUUCUACGCCAGCCGGCUGAGUGGGGAGGAGUGCUAUUGGUGGAUGCAGUUCACCGCGGCGGUGGAAUUCAUUAAGACCAUCGACGAUCGCAGUGAAGCAGAACCGCCACCUGUACGGGCAGACUGCGGGGCCGAGCCGGGAGACGGGGGGGGGGGCCGGCCCAGCCAACUGCUCCCGCAGCCCCCCCCCUCCCCCCGGAGCCCUGGCCCCCAGCCUGCUGUGUAUAGCUGUACAUAUCCGACAGACAAUAGGAGGGGAAUACAAAGCAUAUAUGUAUAAUGUAUUUGUGUUGGACCACAUCCAGGGCAUAGACGGGGUGGGGGAGGGAAAGGCCUCCAAAACAAACAAACAAACAAGCAAACAAAAACAUACUGCAAAAAUAAUUGGUUAAUCUUCUUCCUUUUAUCUCUUGUCUGAUAGUUUUUUCUUCUUCUCCUUGAGUCUUUAUUAGGAAAUUUUGUACCCAAGGUUAUUAUUUGUAUUAUUAUUAUUGUUACUAUUAAUAUAACAUUAAAUUGAUAGAAAGGAUGAAACUGAUGAAAAAGGGACCACGCUUCCUCGAUUUGAUUCACUGGUUGUGUAUUUUUCUCUCAAAGCUGAGGUUUCAACUGCGGGUGAAUGCAUUGUUACUUGGGAAAGUUGAGUAGAGGGUGGCUCACUGGAGGAGUUCAGUACUGGAGAGCUCAUUUCAUGAUCACUAUGCUUCUCAUACCGCUAACCAGCCAUAUAAGGGCAGCUCGUUGACUUCAACAUGAAACCGGUCACUUUCUCUAUUCCCUAAAAACACCCCACUUUGAGUUAAUUUGGAAACAAGGACCCUAAUAUUUAUAUUAAAUAAAUGUGUUUAUUUCUUCAUUUCUUUUUAAUGCUUCCUUUUAUCCUUCAUAAGGAGGUGAAAUACUUUUCACGUCUGUUUUGAAGAUUCCUGAGCCAACAAAAGAUUUUAGAUGACUUGCUUUUUAAAAAAGGUGCCAAUAUACAAGGGCAGUCUGGGACCGCACCUGUUGACGCAGUGGAGGGCAGAUCACUGGUGCGGGUUAGAAACAGGGUCAGAACCGGAAACGGAAAGUAAAAAGUGGUGCCUUUUAUGGCAGACACUGUGUUAGCUCCGUAGAUAUAGCGUUUAGCCAGCUGUACAUUGAGUUGGUGAGGUCGGGUAAGAUCCCAGAACAUUAACUAUAAUCCACUCCAGGAACAGCUUCAUACAGUUCACUGAAACGAUUUCAGCCCAAACCUCAAUGUGCAAUUGAGGUGCAAGUUAGAAGAAUCUUCGCUCUGAUGCUGGGAGAUCCUACCUUAAGGUGGACCCAGAUACCCCGCCCCCUUCAUGUCCGCUUGAGAUUCCCACCAUUCCAUUGGCUAACAGCAGAGUCAUCAAUUCUCUUUUGCACUGUUCAGAGGUUAGCUUUAAGUUCCUCAACAUAGCACCUUGUACUCGUGGUGCAAUGAGACCUGCUGGUAUAGAAACAUUGGAUGUAUCAAACUGCUGUGACGCUAGUUCCGAUCAACCCUUUAUGCGCAAGUGUCUGAACAAAGUGGGUGGGUGUGCGACCUCUGACCUCGCGGAGAAGUGACACGAUGGGUUGUGAUGAUAGAGCUCUCUACCUCCUCAGAAGUUCAAGA